CAAAUUACCAAACUACCCUUUGUGUGCCUCUUUCGGGUACCCAUAGUGGGUACAGCACACAAAAUCACACACUCUCUCUCUCUCCCAAAUGCAAGGCGUGCCCAAAAAUGUCCCCCACAACCUCACCCACCACCACCACCACGCCGCCGCCGUCAAUGGCGGCGCCGCCGCGAACCCCUUCGAUCCCGGCGCCUUCCCGUCCCUCCUCUCCGCCGCCGCGGCCGCGCGCCGGCUCCCGCUCGGCCGCGCGCUCCACGCCCUAACCCUAACCCUCGGCCUCCUCCCCUCGCGCCGCAGCCCCCUCCUCUCCAACGCCCUCCUCGCCGUGUACGCCGCGUGCGCCGCCGCCCCGGACGCGCGCCGCGCCUUCGACGAGGCCGGCGCGCGCGACCUCGUCUCCUACAACACCCUCCUCGCCGCGUACUCCCGCGCGGGCCUCGCCGCGCGCGCCCGCGCCCUGUUCGACGAAAUGCCCCGCCGAGACCCCGUCUCCUGGGGCACCCUCAUCUCCUGCUACGCCCGGCGCGGCCUCCCCCGCGAGGGCCUCGCCCUCCUCCGUCGGAUGCUCGCCACGCGUACCCCUCCCGACGACGUGGCGCUCGCAUCCGCCCUCUCCUGCUGCGCCCAAUCGGGGGCCCUGGACCAGGGCAAAAUGAUACACCGAUACGUAGAGCGCCACAGAGGCUCCCCCAACGUGUACGUAGCUACGGGGCUCGUCGACAUGUACGCCAAGUGCGGGUGCAUCGGUGAAGCCACACGGGUGUUUGAGUGGAGCCCACAUAGGAAUGUGUACACGUGGAACGCCCUCAUUGGCGGGCUCGCCAUGCACGGCCACGUGGACACGUCGCUGGCCUACUUCGCCCGGAUGCGCCGGUCCGGCGUCCGGCCAGAUGGCGUCACACUAUUGGCCCUCCUAACCGGGUGCAGCCACGCGGGCCGGGUCGACACGGCGAAGCGGUUGUUCGGAGAGAUGGAGAGUGUCCACGGCGUGGCCCGCGAGCUGAAGCACUACGGGUGCAUGGCCGAUUUGCUCAGCCGGGCGGGGCUCAUAGCCGAGGCGGCGGAGAUGAUCGAGCGAAUGCCGACGAGAGGGGACGCGUACGUGUGGGGCGGGUUGCUCGCCGGGUGCAGGAUACAUCACGGGAACGUCGGCGUGGCGGAGGCCGCCGCGGAGCGGUUGCUCGAGUUGGAUCCGGAGGAUAGCGGGGUUUACUCGAUCAUGGCGGAGAUUUAUGCGGCAGAGAAGAGGUGGAAGGAUGUUAGGAGGAUGAGGAGGUUGAUGGAGAGGGUGAGAAGGGAUGCAGGUCGCAGCUCGAUCGAGGUGGAUCGGAAUGGAUUGGUUUCGAUGGACGACGACGGUUGAUUACUAAGAUGAUGCGUCAUUGUGUGAUUGGACUGUAAUACAUUCUACGUAAAGUACUCUAUAAAUCAACAAACACAGCAGCAUCAACGAGAAAGUUUGGAGCGUCGGCUCACUGCAGCAAUAGCAGUUUCGACGAGAAAGUUGAUGGCGUGCUUUUCAAUAGCUCUGCUUAAACAGCAUUUCUACAUAGAGAGUUUGUUCGCAAAAGCAAAUUUAGAAGAAGAAGAAGAAGGGGCAGAGAUAGGCUUGGCUAUAACAAAGAGUUUAUUAUAAAUUAGCACAUGUUUCCUAACAAAAUUCCAAUAUUAAAUAACCGGGAUGUACAAAUAUAUUAACAACCAAGAAGGAAUGUGAAUAUAUCUCUCAAUGAAAUAAUGCCCUCGACGAUUCUGGUUCUCGCGUCGACGACGACGAGCCGGCGAACUCCUGUUAAUGGAGAAGUGUUAAAACAGUAGACAACUUAAAAAAUGUAUAUUUGUGUA